AGUUCGAUCCAGCCAACUGUUCUUGGUUUUUUUAAUGACGAAAAUAGAAAAACAGAAAAUGAAAUUCUUGAAAUUCUUGAAUUAGUCGUCUCAAUUGCAAAACAGGCACUUUUGAUUCCUUUUUGGAGAAUUAUAACGUCGAUAGAUUUCCCGGUCAUGGCAAUAAUCAAACAAUUCCGGGGAAACAGUGAAGGGGGUGAAUGAUGUCACCCCACUGAUCAAAGGAUACACAUCAGGUCCAUUUAUAAGACUUUAAAGAUGGAGUUCCCUGAAUUUCACUGGAUACGCUCAUGAUCAUGAUUGUUCACUGAUGUACCACGUACCAUCACACUUUUACUUGAUCGGCAAUUAUAUUGAUAGGAAAUUGAGUUGAUCCGAAGCAUAAUUUACUAACCUUAUUAAGAUGACCACCAAUGGAAAUUUGAACUGACUCCUUUUGGUCCCAUUUGAGUAUAGGAUGCUGUCGAUUUGGCCAGCAAGCUCAUGGCUAAUAUCUUCAAAUCUAUUGUCUUUACCAAUGGUCGAUCCUGGCACAAAAAUAUUCGGGGGAAUUUGCGUAUCCGCGUCAUGACUAAGGGCAACCACCAACUCCACCUCCUUGAGUAGGUAGUGAGUAGUUAUGCAUUAGUUAUACCGGGAAGAAUCUGCCCAAUCGGCAUAAUAUUAGCUUAUUAUCAGCCGGUGAAAUUACUGGAAUAAAUGCUCCCACUGACUGGCACAAUGAUUUCGAGUGACUUGGAGAAAGAAAACUGGUAACUGUGUGCUUGGAAUGCUGGUGACACUUUUGGGGUGAAGCAGGACUGGAUUGAGGAGCCACAAUGCCUGAUCCUCCUCUGUUUACCAACUGAUAAUUCCCAGGUUACUCGUCCAGACUGGUCGGGGAAGUGCCCUGGUAAUGGCAAACAAAGUCACUUCAGCGGCUCCAUCAACAUAUCAAGUGUUGGCUGUUCAGCGCGAUUCCGGACAUAUUCACUUUUGAACAGGCUAUUGUCCAGUUGAUCUGGAAUCCUCCUAAUUUAUUCUGAGCAGUAUUUCUCAUUUUUCUCUGACAUGGUCAGUUCAUCCUAUCCAAUCUUCAUUUUGAUCUGAGAUCUAUGCUGGCUCUUUAAAGGAAGUUGUGAUCUCAUCUGAGAAGUGUAAUCUGUCUUCCUUCACAUCUGUAAUCCAAUCAGUGGUCACUUUGGUCUUGAUCCCAUCUAGUGAUCCUUGCAGUGGUCAUUCUUUUUGGAAUCUGAGCUGGUUUUCUUUUCGUUUGGCCUGUUUGCGUGAUGAGCAACCAAAUAACAGGUUGGUUGGUUGGUUUUAAGUUUAUCCUUACAGUUUUCAGCAUCACCAACGCUCACAAAAACUAAAUACAUAUCAACAUUCUCUUUAAUAUCAAAAAUUUAAAAACAGCAAAGAUUGGUUAUUAUUUUUUAUCACAAUCUGGUCAUAUUAUACGUGUAGAUGCGCUUAUUCUCUCUGUACUUCGCGAUCGUCUUCGUUUGAAGGUAUUCGAACUGAGGUCAAGCAACAUAUGAACAAUGAACUAUCUGUGAGCCGUUAUCGAAGUCUUAUUAUUGACAAAACAUCACAUUAUGUACAAUAAAAACUGGUCACCUUUAACGGACAUAAACACAUUGAUAAACAGUAUCCGCGAACGCGGAUGGCUUAGUCCUAUUAAAAUUCAAACAACUAUUAUAGACUACCGAUAGACAAUUGUACGUGAAUUGUGACAAUUGUGAAUUGUGACAAUUGUCCUAAUCGUGACAAUUUACGUAAGGCCACAAAGUGAAGUGUGUAGGUCACAGGAUCCCUGGCCAGGCCGGGUUAUAGAUACACUAGACAAUGGUGAUCCUCGUGUACACACAAUAGGUACUACAAGGCAAGGCUUAUCAAUAUGAGCUGUAUAGAUUAUAACAGUUUAUUAUUACCGUACCUUUACUUAGGUAACAUUUCUGGGUUGAUCAAUAUACCUCGUUUACUGCAGUUGUGCGGGCCGCUGCAGCAAACGUGAGACGGAAAACAUCACUUGGGUGACGUCCAAAUACACGAAUUACCUAUACAACUCAGCGUUACGUCACGUCAAUAAAAUAAAAUAUACUCACAAGUUACAAAAUUACUCACAUUUAUUAGGUUUGCAUAAGUUGAGAAACGAUUACUCGAUUAGCCUACACUUAGGUUUGUGUUAAGGAAUACUUGAUAUUUCUUUUUGGAAUUCAGUUAUAUUAGUUUGACAACGUGGAAAUUGCUCUCCGAUAAUUGAAAGCGGAGUAUUUGAGAUGGCUCACACUCGAUUGUAUUUGAGAUGGCUCACACUCGAUUGUAUUUGAGAUGGCUCACACUCGAUUGUAUAUGAGGAGUGAGGAAGCAUAUCAGUUACCUAGCUUUAAAAAUUUAAAGUUACUUGGCCUUCAAUUCAGAAACCCUAGCCUUACCUUGAUUUAAAAACGUAGCCAUUAAAUACAAUAGGGAUCGUAUAGCCUUAAAAUUUAGAAGCCAACAAUUUCUUAAAUUUUAAAAGAACUUGAUCUUAACUUCCAAAUGAUUCUGACCUGCCUCACUUUUCAAUUUCAAUUACAGAAGGAUUUUAGGCUCCAAUGUUUAAGUCAUCAGUAUACAUAUAAUAACCCUUUAUAAAAAAUAUCGUAAUCAAAAUUGAGGUCGACUGUUAAACAGUAAACAUGAUUAACCUUAUAGCUAGGAUUGGCAUCCAGGGUUCAUUGUGAUUUCCAAUGUCGAUUGUCGUGUAACUAAUGACUAAUGCUUCAUAACCCGAAAUUAAUCUAUAAGGAAACAUAAUAUGCCUGAGGCAAUAUUAUGCUUGCCUUCAUCAGCCCACUUGAAGCUAGAUUGUCGGAGGCAGUUGUUAUUGUGUUGCGUAUUAUUAAUUUCAGUAGUGCUCAAGUGAUACCAUUUCUCUGACCUAUUGUAUUCCUUGAUAAUUGUUGCUAUAUUGGUCUUCCCUGCCCCUUGCUUCGUUGCUGCUCCACGACUGAGAAGACACUAUUCGCAGCUGGUUGACUGAAAUACGUUUCAUAUACUGGUCUCUCAUACCCGAUGCAUGUUUUCUGUCAAAGAUCAAAAGCAGUUGCCCGACCGCACAUAAACUUCUUAUAGUGUGGUAAUGGGGACCCAGGGCACUGUACUGGUGUCGUCAGCCCUCUACGGACAGAACGACGAUGGAAGUCACGGCGCCCUCCUCCAAAACAAAUACGAGAGUAGUGCAACUGCAGACAAUAUAAAAUUUAGCCACAGCGGUCUCCUCCAGGAAAAAUAUGAGAUGGAUCCGGAAGAGGAGGAGCCCAACUUCGACACUAUAACUAUUAAUAUAUCGGGCAAACGGUUCGAGACCUGCUUGAGAACCCUAGAAAGAUUCCCUGAAACCAGACUUGGCAACCCCAUGCUGAGAAAAAAGUACUACAACAAAACGAGAGAAGAAUACUUCUUCGACCGAAACCAGGAAGCAUUCCAUGCGAUAUUGUACUAUUACCAGUCGCGGGGAUCGCUCUACAUACCUCCUGCUAUUCAGGAACAAGUCUUUUAUCAGGAACUUGAUUUCUGGGGGAUAAACCCGGAGCCAAGGGGAGGAGAGAAUGGCUUCGCACUGAUAGACGACACGGAUCAUAAGAAGCCACCUCACGAGUUUCGAUGGGGCAAGUUACAGAAGACGACGUACGUGUUUCUGAACAAGCCCAAGUCUAGUUUUGGGGCUAGGAUCUGGGCAUCCGUCGACAUUUUCGUUAUUUUGUGUAGUGUCAUCAACCUGGUAGUGGAAUCCUAUGGUAACAAGAACAGAAGCCCGGGCGACACAGACACACCUUACUUUGCUGUGGACGCCGCGUGCGUCUGCUUCUUUUCCGUGGAUAUAGUGUUGAGGUGCCUAGUAGCCCCAGACAUGGCGAGGUUUUUCAAGAAGCCGUUAAAUUGGUUCGAUUUCCUGGCAAUAAUGCCCUUCUAUUUGGAGCUCUCGCUGGGUGGGUUCAUGAGAACGGGAGCAAUGAACAACAACAUCAUUAUGCCUUUCAAAAUAUUGAGGAUAUUUAGAAUAACGAGGGUAUUGAAACUUAUCAGACAUAGUGGCAGAUUGAUUCUCAUGAUUCAGGUGCUGUUAGACUGCGUAUACGAGUUAGCCAUGUUGUUAGUUAUAUGGCUCAUGGGGGUGUUCAUCUUCGGGACAAUCAUGUUCUACAUUGAGCACGAGCAAAAAGACACCAAGUUCGAAUCAAUCAUGCAUUCCUGUUGGUGGAGCGUCGUUUCCAUGUCAACGGUGGGAUACGGGGACAUGUAUCCAGAAACUUGGGCCGGAAAGUUGGUCGCCAGCAUACUCGUCUUCGUGUCCAUGAUCUUUCUAGCACUUCCCAUGACUAUCAUAGUAUCUAAGUUCAACAAAGCCUUCGAAAAGUUCAGUCCAGAAAACGAAAAAAGGCAGCAGGCUCAGCAGGCGGCUCAACAGGCGGCCAAGCAGGCUCAGGAGCAGAGAAAUGCAGGUUACCAACAGGUGGAAAAAGACCAAAUAACUAACACGCAAACGUAGAACACAUACACGCGAGCACAUGUGCGUAUUACAUGUGCUCAUGCGCAUGUUACAUGUACAUGCGCUCGUUUGCCUCACGAUGGUGUUUUUAUCAGAUUUUAGUAGAUUGAGAAGCUAAUAUAGUUUAUUGUGUAUAUUCGCAAGACGCCACCUUGGAUUCGGAAAUAUCCAAGUGACAUUAUGUCGACGUUCAGCCAAGAUUUGGAAAUUAUAUAGUUUAGGGGAUGCGCUGCAACGAAGCUGGAAAUAAUCAAAAGCAAAUUGAUCUUGAUCGUCCCUUAUCCAUCCCUUUGUACCUGAACUGAGGACUUAGGACAAUCCUGAGAUUUUUAAAUUGUUGAUUGUAUUUGGGAAUUCUUUUAAUCAUGUGACGCUUUUUGAUAAAGUGGUUAGCAAAUUAUUACAUGUAACAUGUUAGGAGGGGCCGUUCUAUAUCCAUUUAAUAGAAGGUGCCACUAAUUAACCUUAUAUUUGCUGUCAUAUGAAAUAUAUUAUCCAAUCAAACAUUAAAUUUUAAGGCUGUGAACAGAGAACUGAGGUACUUUUGAUAUUCAUUAUUUUCAACAAAUCAAAAAUUAACGGAUAUUCAUUAUUCAACUUAGUUUAGCUCACAUAUUUAAUAAUGUUGUUUAAUACGAGUUGCCAUGGUUACUGUUGUUUGGAUUUUUAUAGAUCAUUCAUAAAUUAUUGUACUAGAGUUUUCACAAAAGUUUUAUUUCAACAUUUUCAAUUGUUUGCUUUUUAUAAUGACAA